AGCUACCAGUGAGAGAGAAAGAGAGCGAGACGGAGAACACCAACAAGCAAAGGCAGCGGAUAGAAGUGGAGAGGGAGAGGAAAAGGAAAGGAGCAGUUGGAGACAGGGUAAAUUAAAGGGAAGAAGAAAGAAAAACAGAGGGUGCAGAGGACAUAGAGGCUGAGAUGGAGGUUCAAACCGAAUGCAGUGAACCACCUCCAUGCGACCCUCAACCACCAGGAAAGCUCAACAAAGCCGCCUUCAAGCUGUUUGGCAAGCGUAAGUCCGGCAGCAGCAUGCCGAGCAUCUUCUCUGUCAGAAACAAAGGAGAGUCCACCGGUAAAGCUGCUGGCAAGACGCUGGAGCUUGUUAGGAGCAAAACCCACGAUGGCUUAAUAACGGACACUCCUUCGGAGCUUGACAGCCACCGGAAAGAGGAAUCUGCCAGUAGUGACCAGCUCCACGCCGGCACACCAGAUGGUGUGUCCACCGCCCCCCUCCGUAGCUCCAUCACCAAGUCUUUCAGCUUCUUCUCUUUACUGCGCCGGAGCAGCAGCCGUGCAGGAGAUGGAACUACUACAGUGGGACGGAGAGGACGAGGACUUAAGGGGCUUUUCAGCAGCAUGCGUUGGCGGCGGAAGCCCCAGGUUCAAGAGGACACUUUGGAGGUGGCCAAGGAGGUAAAAGAGGGAGACCUAAUACUUUCCCCUAGCUCUGGCAGCGUGAAAACAGAGAAAGACAUGACAUUGACUCUUGAGCCCCUGCCGCAAGUGUUUGAGGAGUCUCCUGUCCCAGGGGAUUCUGACAAAUGGAAGGCAGCAUCUAUGCAGGAAUUACAGGGUACUAAUGAAGUGGAGUGUGGGAACUGCGGUCCUUCUCUUUCCCAACAACAUACAGUCACUGAAGAGUCUCCAGCUCCUUCUCCAAUACGAGUCCAGACAGGAGGGCUCCAAAAUGAUAAACAUAGCAGUUCUACACACUUGUCCUCCAUUCCAACCUGUGCUUUGACCCCUCCAAUGGAGCACAGUACAGCCGACCCGCAAUCUGAGCAGUCUGUGGAUCGUCUAUGCUCCAUGUUCACUGAUGUUACUUCACUAAAAAGCUUUGAUUCGUUAACAGGCUGUGGUGACAUCAUCGCUGACCCAGAAGAGGAUUCUGGGAAUGGGGGAAGUGCCACAAGCAGUGGAACUGGUAGCAGUAGUGGGGGCUGCAUGGGUCGUAGAUUAAGUGGAGCUGGGACAAACUCGGAGAGAUGCUCUCCUGCCAAACCUCCACUUCCUCCUCAGGUCAGUAGUCUUACAUCUAUACAUGCUUCAUGCUACAUGCCAGCCCACCAAAGACCACGUGCGGCUCCUAAAAAGCCACAGGGUAGUGGUGUGGUUGCCUAUAUGGGUGGAGGGGAAGAAAUGGCUAGUCCUGAGGGUGUUGAUGAUGCUGAUAUGCAGGGUCUUUGGCAUAUGUUGCCUCAAAAGGAUGAAGACUCCCCUGCUCUGCGUCGGGCAGAGCCCGUUUUGCAUCAUGCACCGGCCCGACUUGAGAAAAGGCCACCUCAAGUGAAGGCGCUCGGCCUUAGUAAGAUCCCUGUGAGUGGAAGUAGCAAGAUGGGAAAGCAGCCCCCACGCCCCUCACCUCCUCCUGUCGAUAAAGAGCUUCAGGAUGCUCCACCAAGUGAUGAAGGCUACUGGGACUCCCCCACACCUGGCCCAGAGGAUGAGGACAGCACUUUUCUUCGUCGGGAUGGCCUGCUGAGGGACAGCUGCUCUGGGGAUGCACUCUAUGACCUCUAUGAUCCUGACAGCCCUAGUGCUGCAGGCUCAGACGAUGAUGCAAGUUCACCAACAAAAUCUGCAGGUGAUCUAAAAAUGAACUUGCCUUCCCCAAAAUGCUCGUCUUCCGCCACUUCCUCAUUCCGUUCAAUGAAAGGCAGCACCAGCCUACCUCGAGAUUCCAAGAUACCUAUUAGCGUGAGGCAAACACCACCAUCCCAUUCUUCCAGUCAAGGAGCGCUGUCUUCCAAUCUUAGCCCGACUUCAACCACCCCUCCUAAAAAGACAGAUGCCCCACCACGUACUAAAAUACCUGUCUCGAAAGUUCCAGUCCGUCGUUCUGGCAGCAAGGGCACCCCCACAUCACAAAGCAGGAAGUAGAGAGCUCAGAGCCCCAUCAGAUAUUUCUGACAAUACAAAUCUAUCAUAAGAGCUUUAGGCCAAAACACAAUGUCCUUUUAUAUGAAGCAAUCAACUUCCACUUUUUUUAUUUUACUCACCUGGUGAGAACUAUAUCUUUACUGUUUUUACAUCUUUGAAAUGAUUUAGUUUUUGUUGGGGGGGUGAUGUUUUGCAUAUUACGCCAUAAUAAUAUAAUUAAGAAUUUUGUAGAAUGCACUGCAAUAUGUAAUACACGACAUUUAUAAUAAUGUAAGCUUGAUUUUACAAUACUUACCAGCCUUUGAAAAAGGAAUAAUAAAGUAAUACGGAUUCUAAGAAGAAUGUUUGAUAUCAAAAACUUCUCAUUCCUUUUCAGUGGAAUCAGUGAAACUGUGCUAAUUUCUUGCUUUGUCAUCCCAGCAGCACUGUGUAAAACGCAGCUGCGAUUUUUAUCUCUCCACAUAUAAUGAAUUCUGCAAUCUGUGUGAGAUAUGACCAAGCACUUCUGACUCUCCUAAAUUAAGCUGCAUGGGGACUUAUACACUCAAACUGGAUCAGGGAACACAGCCUUUUGUUUGAGACGCUCUUUCGUAUAACACAACACAACACGACUUCCUAUUGACAAUUGACAAUUGAAAGAAAAUCAUUCUUUUUACAGAAACUUCACAUUUCUUACUCUUUUAUAUUGGAAGGACCUCACUGUGGAACUUAGUGCACUUCUUGUUUUUGUCUUCUGGAAAACACAACUUGCAGAAAUAAAUCUCUGGAUCAUAAGUAUCCUCCUUUUUCACAGUGAUUUGUACUAUUCUGGCUAACCUGGACACAGCUGGAUAUUUUUGAAUGUAGCAUGACAUCACUACACACAGGUUUGUUUUUUGCCUGCUCACUGCAUAAGAGAGAGAGAGAGAGCGAGCGAGCUAUGGAGAAGCCCAUAUGUAUCAUGAGUUAGCUGUCUUCCAUCAUGCGGCCAUUCUCCUGGAGAUGUCAUUUCCAUUUGGCUCUCAGAUUUGGACAAGACAAGUCUUCAUGUGAGCAUCCACCGCAGAAGAAAUGGCUUUCUUAAUCAGUAUUUUUUGUCUGGUUUUCCAGUAUCAAAUAUUCUUAAAUUCAGCUCAUGAUUAAGAAAACUAUUUUUUGCAUCAUUUGACUUGAACCACCAGUCAAAAAUACAUUUUUUACAGUUUUUUUCUUAUGUUUUCACCACUGGGAUAUUUUAUUUGUAAGCUGUAAAACAUUUUCUCUUCAGAAGGUCAUUGUCAUGCCUUCUUUCUUUUGUGAAA